AGCGCCUGCAGUGUGCUAGCUAAGAGGAGGUGAAGGCUAUCUGGAUAAAGAUGCUGCUGCAUUAGCAUUAGUCACAGACAAUAACACCCCAUGCGAUUAACACUAAUAAGAUAUGCUUUUGUCUUCCGGUUAGGCAGCAACUUUUCCAGCGAGCUGUCUAAAGGAACCUCUUGCUAUCUCAAACCCAAAGCACACCCCGUUUCUCUUCUACAUUUUACCCGGAAACUAGCAAUGCAGUCGGGUGGGAAUGUGAGCGAAGACUCGGACUUGGAAAGAGUCCACACACCAGAGCCGGAGAUUUUUACCGACAUGCCUCCGACGAGCACCGACGUUGAGAGAGUGCCAACGGGCUACGAAUUGCGCCUUCUCGUCCACGAAAGAACCUCAAGAACCCCUAGUCCUUUGUUGGGGUCCAACUGUGAUGACGACUCAGAGGCAGAGUCCUUCAAGGGCGGCAGGACUGAGGAGGUGGACCGGGACACGAAGGAGAGGGCGUUUGCUUGGUGUCGAGAUUUCCUGGCUGGAGCUUGGAAGACAGUCCAUCUCGAGGACUUUCAAAUUAGCAUCGUCAGUGGUGGGCUCAGUAAUCUGCUGUACCUGUGCAGCUUGCCUGAAAAUGUGAACACCGUAGGGGAGGAGCCUCGCCAGGUGCUCCUCAGAGUCUACGGCGCCAUCCUUCAGGGAGUGGACUCUUUGGUGUUGGAGAGUGUUAUGUUCGCCAUACUGGCAGAACGUACUUUAGGGCCCAAACUGUAUGGCGUCUUUCCACAGGGACGCCUGGAGCAGUAUUUUCCAAAUACCCGCAUGCGUACAGAUCAACUGUCAGACCCCAACAUCUCCACUGAGAUUGCUACCAAGAUGGCGAGGUUUCACAAAAUGGUUAUGCCAUUUAACAAAGAGCCCACGUGGCUGUUUGCGACCAUUAAUAAAUACAUGGAUCAAGUGUUGACGUUGAGCUUUACACGUGACGCCCAUGUGAAGAAGUACAAGAAGCUGAUGAGGCUCGACCUGCCAGCUGAGCUCAAGAACCUCCGUGCAUUACUGGCAGCGACUCCAUCACCUGUGGUCUUCUGCCACAAUGAUGUCCAAGAAGGUAACAUUCUGAUCCUGCGCAAAGGGGAUGAAAGGUCAACAGACAAAUUGAUGCUGAUCGACUUUGAGUACAGCAGCUACAACUACAGGGGCUUUGAUUUUGGGAACCAUUUCUGCGAGUGGAUGUAUGACUACACCUACAACAAGUGGCCUUUCUACAAAGCCACACCAGAGGAUUACCCCAGCAGGGAGCAACAGCUUAUUUUCAUCAGAAGUUACUUGAAUGAGCACAGAGCAGGAGGCAGUGGCGACAAUGUGGACCAGAGGCAGGUAGAGGAGGACAUGAUUAUUGAAGCAAACAGGUAUGCGUUAGCAUCACACUUCCUGUGGGGCCUGUGGUCCAUCAUCCAAGCAAAGCUGUCUAAGAUUGAGUUUGGCUACAUGGACUACGCCCAGUCCCGCUUUGAUGCCUACUUCAAGCAGAAGAAGCUCUACUCCUAAAAAAAAAAAAAAAAAAAUCUUACACUCAUCUGAAUGUAUUAUCUUUUUUUUUCUAUAUAAGUCCCCAUCCUUCUCCAACCUGGCCGCUAAAAAAUCUUCCCAUAUUUCAACAACCUUAGCAUUCACGUGAUCCAUUUCUAAGUUGUUAAAGCAAGCCACAGGUAGGGCUGAAAAUGGUAUUCACAAUUUUUUUCCCCAAUGCACUUCACUUCUGUGGACCACUUUUUGAUAUUAGCAUGAGUUUCAGCAACUGAAGUAGUACUCUCGAGUUUAAUGUGGAAGGUAUUUGUUUUUGUUUUUACGCUCUACCUCGCUUCCUUUAAUGGAUAUUCCGCCCAAAAUUUACUAGAAGCACCUUCACCUUCUAGAUGAAGAAACACAUGUGAGAACUCAUCAGUGUAAUCAAAUCAAAAACGUUUCACAAUUUGCUGGAUAAAAAAAUUACAAUGAAGUCGUAUUACAAAAAUGGGGUAACUUUAUAAUAAAUUUGAAUUAUUUCAAAAAUAUAUUUAGUUGAAAUUUUCCAAGAAAAUAUGACAUAAUAUUGCUAGAAAAAAGUUGUUUUGUGAUAAUAAAGUAGUAUUUUGCAAUUUGCUGUGAAAACAGGUUGUAACGUUACAAUAAUAAUUCUGAUUUUUAUGAGACUAAAGUUGCAAUUGUGCGAGAGAAAAAAAAAGUCUUAGUUUGACAAGAAUGACGCAAUAAUAUUGACAGAUAAAAGUAUAAUUAGCUCUAAUGUAAUAAACAUAAUCAUACACCUACGUUCAAUUUUUUUGCACAUUUUUUACCUACCUACCGUAAAUUCAUAUAUGGCGUCUCGGACUGUUUUAUUUUUGUUGUUGAAAUUGCGACUUUAUUCUCAUAUAAUUACAACUGUUUAAAAAUAUACAGUAUGUAUUUACUGCAUUUUCUCUCAUUACAGCUUUAUUCUCAUAUGAGAUCUUUCUUUUUUUAUUCCCUUUGUGUGGCCCUAUACACCUGUUUGUAGUUGUAAGGAAUACUGUACAAGAAGUACACAUUUUGUACAGAUUGUUUGAGAUGACUCCAUUGAAAGUAAUGUAACUACAGAAAUUUGAAUAUGACAUGUGGACAGCAACAAAAAACUGCUGCUUUGUGAGCCCUGUGUUGCAACUGUAAGGUAUUGACAAUGUGUGUGCUGCACCUUUUACUUUCAAAUAUUUCAACAGAUUCGGAGGUUUCAAUGGCAUGUUUGCUUUCACUUUUUUGUUGUUGCAUAUGAACAGCUUUGCGUCCUAUUCGUCUUGCAUCCUUUUAUUUAAUUUGUUUUUAACAAAAGCACUACCAUCUAUUUGCACAAAGAAGAAACAAACUAAAAGUUGAAUUAGGGCUGUUGCUGUUUGGGCUUCAAGCAUAAAAGGUGUAUUGAAAGUCAGACAGCGUAUGUGUCAUCUAAUUUAUGCUAAUAAACUACAUUGUCUACAUUG